AUGUUAAAUUUAUCAUUAUUACCAAAUGAAAUUUUUAUAAUGAUAUGUGAAGAUCAUUUAUAUGAUGAAUCAUUUACAUUGUUCAACUUUAUAAUGACAAAUAAAGAGAAUUCUAAAUUGGUUAUACCAAUAUUAUAUAAAUAUAUGAAACAUAAUUUAAAAACAGUUAAACAUUAUUUGAAAUUACUAUAUAAAGAAUUAUCAAAAGAUGAUCAGAAUUAUAUUGAUAUGUAUGUUACUGAAAGAGAAUAUGAAUCUAGUGAUGAUCAGGUUAAAAUUAAAAAAUUAGUUUGGGAUAAAGGAGAUAACAUGUUUUGUUAUUCUUCGAUGAUAAAGUUAAUAAAUGCAUAUCAAAUCUUUCAAUAUUUAUUUGAAGAUAUACAUGGUACUGGAAUUUUUAUGAAUUUAUUAAUUAAUAGUAAUGAAAAGGAUUUGAUUACAGGACAUUAUGGAAGUAGUAUUAUUUGUGAUUUUAAUUCAAAUAUAUUUAUAAAAUAUUAUUUUGAUAGAGAUUUUUCUGUUGAAAUUAAAAUUGCUAAUGAUAUUAAAUAUAUGUAUGAUGAAUGGGAAAAAUUAGACAAGAAAGAAAAAACAAUAUUUUUACCUCAAGUACUUGUUUUAAUCGAGAUAAAGAAAAAAUAUAAUGAUGAGAUUACAAGUUUUAGUAAAUGGACUAAGAAAUGUGUUGAAAAUCCAUAUGGUUCAAAAAGAAAAAGAAAUCAUUAA